AGAUACUACAUUUGAUUGCUUUGAUUCCAACAGAAAAAGCGAUAAAUUCGAACUAAUAAUUAACAAACGUAUAAAAUUCACUAUGAAUAAUUUAUUGAAACUACUGGUUCUUGGUGCGGUCUUUGCUGCAGUGAGCAGCGUUGAAGUUCGGCCGCACGCAGCAGGCAGCGAGCAGCACGAGAAAACUGUCCGCGAGGGCGACGCCGUACGCGACGAGAGCGUCGACAACUACAUCACUAUGGUGCUAGAAAACUUCGCUAUUGCCAUGCGCACUGGCAUUCCAAUUCUCGGAAUUCCGAUUCUCGAUCCGUUCAACAUCAGCAAGCUUGACCUGCCGACUAUAAACACGUCCAUGCUGAGGCUUGAGGCCAACGCUUCAGACUUGUCCGUGAGUGACACGUCAUCCUACGUGCCCACGUACGUGCAUGUCGACUUCGAGACAAACGCCAUGUACCUGAACCUGCACUUCCUGGACAUCAGAGUGGACGGUGACUAUUGGUGCGAUGGCAUGGCGGCUGUGAUCUUCCCCGUCUUCGGGGACGGCUUCUUCUACAUCAACAUCAUGUCCAUCGACUCCAGUGGACUGGGCGCCGUCAUCAUCACCGAGGACGACCACCUACAGAUCACCGAGCUGUCCCUGGAGCUGGCGUACGACAGACUUGAGAUCUACUUCGACAACUUCCUCGGCGGCGGUGACUUCGGGGAAGAGGUGAAUCAGGCGAUCAGCGUGCUCGCGGAUACCAUCGUACAAGAGAUCCUGCCGCUGCUGAACACGGCCAUCAUACCGGCGCUGGUGGUGUACAUCAACGACGCUCUCAUGCAGAUCACAAUCUCCGACAUCAUCGGCGGCGGCUCCGUUUAACAGACCAGCAUUCAAUUAUACAUCACUAAACGUGAUGCCUUUUCCUAUGUCAAACCAUUCACACUGCAAAUUAUAAAUAUUACGUG